AUGAAGGUGUCUUUACGGGCAGAAAGGGAUGAAUGUGCUAAAAAUAAAGACCUUCAUUCGUUAGCCGUCUGCGUUUUUGUCAGCAUCGAUGUUGGGUAUCUGCAAGCUUUCGAUGUCAAAUAUUCACUAAGUCAUAUCAAAGCGCCAUCUCGUCCUGUGAAGACAACAACUUCCAUGUUUGGGAAGGAAGUUUCUGAGUCGGUAGAUAUCCUUCAGCUGAGGCACCUGCCCUGCGCUACGGCUGCGCAUCGCUUCUCUGCUGCUUUUAUGAGGCAUCGUUGUGCUGGGACAGCUCUUGCUCGCAGUGCAUCCAGCCGGUUCCCCGCCACGCCGGGAGCAGCGGGGGAUGGGGGCCAGGAACGGGGGCGCUGCCACGGGCACCCACCCCCUGGCAUUUCAGCCUCCCCCUUGGCGAACAUCGUCUUCCCUGAAAGUCAGUCCUGGAGAGAGGGAGGGCAGCGAUCCCACCACUCGCUGGUAGCAAAGGGACAGACUGGUCCUAGAAGACCUCCAGGAACUGCAGGGUACAAGGGGCAGCGGGGUCCCAGAGGUGACACAGGGCUGAAAGGAUGGCAGCCAAGAAGAGAAUCCCGCAAACAGGAGGCUGCUGUGGGCACAUCCCGGCUGCGGACCCCGCUGUGCCCCGGGAGGGCUGCCCGGGAGGGGAGAGCGCUACGAAUGGGCACCAGUGAGCGGUGGUGCAGGUUCCGCUGCAGGAGCUGUGACCAGCCCCUGUCCUCCCCGGGGCCCGAGCAUCUCGCUGCAGAACUCCGCACUGAUUUCUUCGGAACAGCCGGAAAAGCUGGUGGAUCGAUCGAGCCUGCUGCCAACAUGUGGAGCGCACCGGGGUCCGUCUCGGCGUUUCUGAUGCUGGUUGUCACCACCGUGCACACGGGAGUGAAGGUGACCCCAGCUGUGAAGUACACGAAGACGAAGCCCUUGCAGCUGCACCGGGCAGAGCCGAGCCACCCACCCCGAGCCCUGCGGCCCGAGGGGCCACCACGCUAUUCCCCUUCGAGAACUACACACUUCGAGAACUACACACUGGACACAGCCGAUUUCUUCUUCAACUGCUGUGACUGCUGCCCACCUGCCGCGGGGCCCCGGGGCCAGCCAGGGGAGCAGGGACCCCCAGGUCCCAAGGGGGAGAAGGGAGAUGCUGGUCUGCAAGGUCUGCCAGGAACUCCAGGCCCUCAGGGUCCAAAAGGUUCUAAAGGAGAAAGAGGUAAACAAGGCGAGCGAGGAGUGAGUGGAAACCCCGGUUAUCCAGGCAAACCUGGGCUGCAAGGUGAAGCUGGAGUAAAAGGCAACAAGGGCAACUACGGCUUCCCUGGACUGAAGGGACAAAAGGGGUCCAAAGGGGACACGUGUGAGAACGGGACCAAAGGAGACAAGGGAGACAGGGGGGAUGCUGGAGAGCCGGGAGUGGACGGAGAGCAGGGUGGCAAAGGGGAGAAGGGAGACGCGGGGGAGAAGGGGUACUGCGGGGAGCCAGGGGGGAGAGGUGCCAAGGGGGAGAGAGGGGAAGGGGGCACAAAGGGAGAGAAAGGCAGCAAAGGGGAGAUGGGGCUUGAGGGUGUGCCGGGGGUGGACGGAAAACAGGGAGAAAAGGGUGAGCAAGGAAGUAAGGGUGACAAAGGGGACCUGGGACCCACCGGCGUGACCGGACCUUCUGGGCCCAAGGGGGUGGCCGGCAGCAAGGGGGGCCGAGGGGCCCCAGGGAAGAAAGGCUCCCGUGGGGCGAAAGGCGCCCGAGGGGACGCCGCAAAGCUCCUGCGAUCGGCGUUCAGCGCCGGCUUGUCCAAGCCCUUCCCUCCGCCCAACGUCCCCAUUAGAUUUGACAAGAUCUUGUACAACGACCAAGAAGAUUACAACCCCUCCACCGGGAAAUUCAACUGCAGCGUGCCCGGGGCGUACGUCUUCGCCUACCACCUGACGGUGAGAGGGCGUCCCGCCCGCGUCAGCCUCGUUGCCCGCAGCAGGAAGGUGGCCAAAGCCCGUGAGACCCUCUACGGCCAGGAGAUCGACCAGGCAUCCUUCCUGACCAUCCUGAAGCUGAGCGCGGGCGACCAGGUGUGGCUGGGGGGUGCGCGNGACUGGAACGGGGUCUACGUCAGCGCCGAGGACGACAGCGUCUUUACGGGGUUUCUUCUGUAUCCGGAUGCUUUUGAGAUCCUGCUAUAG